CUCUCUCAAAAAUCAUUCUCUUUUUCUUUCUCUAUCUUCCUCCAUCUCCAGAGAAAAAGUUUACAUCUUUGUGGAAUUCAUGACGGACAAAGGUCAGGACAAAGGUCAGCCAUUACCAAAAUUUGGUGAAUGGGACGUCAAUGAUCCUACAUCAGCUGAGGGAUUUACUAUGAUUUUUAACAAGGCUAGGGAUGAGAAGAAGACAGGUGGCAAACCCGAGUCACCAACAAAUGCUGAUUCUCACGUUAAGCAUGGACAUGGAAUGGAUCCUGGCAAACCUCAGCCUAAAAAAUGGCUUUGCUGCAUUCAAGCCCCACCAGCAGAAUCUUGAUCAAGCCCUGCCUCCUUAAGAGCUUCCACAAGAAAAUAUGUUUGAUCCCCACCUUGUAUUCGUAAACAAAACAGAGUCUACAGGGCGCUUUGCUGGAAUUCUCUCUCUCUCUCUCUCUUGGUGUAAAAUUUAAUUGUGGUGGGAAGAAAGCAAAAAGACAGACAAAUACGUAUUGUAUCUAUAUGUACCGAUUUGGUGGGUUAUUACUAGAUGCUGAGUUAUUACUUCUUGUCAUUGCUUCUUCUGUGCUAUAAGCUGUAGAGCUUCUGUUUGUGGUAUUUUCUUUGUUCUAUCAGUGAUUGGCUUUG